AUGCCAAAACGUACAGAUAUAGAAUCUAUAUUAGUAAUAGGAGCAGGCCCAAUAGUUAUAGGUCAGGCAUGCGAGUUUGAUUAUUCCGGAACGCAAAGCUGUAAAGUAUUAAAAAGUGAAGGUUAUAAAGUCAUUUUGGUUAACUCCAAUCCUGCAACUAUAAUGACAGAUCCUGAGUUUUCUGAUGCGACGUAUAUUGAGCCGGUGCUGCCUGAAAUCAUAGAGAAAAUUAUAAUUAAGGAGAGGCCAGGCGCAAUAUUGCCAACAAUGGGCGGGCAAACAGCACUUAAUUGUGCAAUAAAACUUGCAGAUGAUGGAGUGUUAGACAAACACAAUGUAGAAUUAAUAGGGGUAAAUAGAGAAGCAAUAAAAAAAGCAGAGGAUAGAGAGUUAUUCCGUCAGUCCAUGGAUAAAAUAGGGCUAAAAUACCCCAAAAGUAUCAUUAUAAAAAAUCAAGAACAAAUAAGAAAGACUUUGGAUUACAUUGGAUUACCAGCAAUCAUCCGCUCGUCAUUCACCCUUGGUGGUGCAGGUAGCGGCAUAGCAUACAAUAAAGAGGAGUUUUUCAAUAUUGCAGAAAGUGCUCUCAAAAUUUCGCCAAUAAAUGAAGUUCAGAUAGAUGAAUCAAUUAUCGGCUGGAAAGAAUAUGAAAUGGAAGUUAUCCGUGAUUGUAAAGAUAACUGCAUAAUAGUCUGUUCGAUAGAAAAUAUUGAUCCAAUGGGAGUGCACACUGGGGAUAGUAUCACGGUUGCUCCUGCUUUGACUCUGCGUGAUGUAGAAUACCAACAGAUGAGAAAUGCAUCUAUAGCAGUGCUGAGAGAAAUUGAUGUUAGCGCCGGUGGUGCAAAUGUGCAGUUUGCAGUGAAUCCUAAAGAAGAUGGAAGCCUCGUUGUGAUUGAAAUGAAUCCAAGGGUUUCUCGCUCUUCUGCACUUGCUUCAAAAGCAACAGGUUAUCCUAUUGCAAAAGUUGUAACUAAACUUGCUAUCGGCUAUUCACUCGAUGAGAUACGUAAUGAUUGCGCUCCAGUUAUACCUGCUGCAUUUGAACCAGUGAUUGAUUAUAUCGUCACUAAAAUUCCUCGUUUUGAAUUUGAGAAGUUUAAGGGGACGAAUUGUGAGCUAUCAACUUCCAUGAAAUCAGUGGGGGAAGUGAUGUCUAUAGGCCGCACUUUUAAUGAGUCACUACAGAAAGCUUUCCGUUCACUUGAAACUGGUCUUACAGGACUUGAUGAAGUGUUUUCUGAAGACACAGAUGUUAAAUCUCAAUUAGCAAAAUUGCUGCCAAACAGAUUACUGAUUGCUGCUGACGCAUUGCGUCAUGGAAUAAGCAUAGAAGAAAUAAAUUCGAUUACAGGAUAUGACUUAUGGUUUUUGCAGAAUAUACAGCAAAUUAUAUUAGCUGAACAAAAAAUCAAGGAAAACGGCCUUCCUGAGACUGCAUAUGAAAUGUUAGAGCUGAAAAAAAUGGGGUUUUCAGAUGCAAGAUUGGCAAAAUUAAGCAAUAAGAAAAUAGAGCAAAUUGAAGCAAUAAGAAAAAGAUUUGGCAUUAAACAAGUUUAUAAGCGUGUAGAUACCUGUGCAGCUGAAUUUGAAUCGAGCACUGCUUAUAUGUAUGGCUGUUAUGAGGGUAACACAAUGAUGUCAUUCCAGCGCAUGACGCUGGAAUCCAGAGAUAAGGAAGAAUGGAUCCCAGUGUCAGCUGCUCGGAUGACAGAGGGAAUGGAGUGCGAAGCAGAUGUUUCUGACCGAGAAAAGGUUGUCAUUUUAGGAAGUGGUCCAAAUCGCAUUGGUCAAGGUAUUGAGUUUGAUUAUGCAUGCGUACAUUCAGCUUCUGCCGCCAAAGAAAUGGGGUAUGAAACAAUAAUGAUUAACUGUAAUCCAGAAACCGUUUCAACUGAUUAUGAUACCGCUGAUCGUUUAUAUUUCGCCCCACUGAUUGCAGAGGAUGUGCUUGAAAUACUAAGCAAAGAGCAAGAAAAUGGUACACUGGUUGGUGUAAUAGUUCAAAUAGGUGGUCAAACACCUUUAAAGUUAGCCAAAGUGCUUAACGAGAGAGGUUUCAAAAUUCUGGGAACUUCGUUUGAUUCUAUUGACCUUGCAGAAGAUCGCAUGAGGUUUAAAAACCUUGCUUUGCAACUUAAUUUAAAACAACCUGAAAGUUCUACCUGCCAUUCAGUAAAAGAAGCGUUAACCAAUGCAGAAAAGGUGGAGUUUCCACUAGUAGUCAGGCCAUCAUAUGUCCUCGGCGGUCAGUCUAUGUCGAUUAGACACGAUUCUCAGAGCUUUAAAGAGUAUGUCUUGAAUCAAACCAAAAUUUUUGAACACGGAUCGCUUCUUCUUGAUAAAUUUUUAGUCAAUGCAGUUGAGGUUGACGUUGAUGCUGUGUGUGAUGGGGAAAAAGUUUUCAUUGCAGCAGUCAUGGAGCAUAUUGAAGAAGCUGGUAUCCACUCUGGCGAUUCAACAUGCUCAAUACCGACAAAUACAUUGAGUGACGAAGUAAUAAAAGAGAUCGAGCUCCAAACUGAAAGAAUAGCUCUUGCACUAGAAGUGAAAGGUCUGAUAAACAUUCAGUUUGCUGUUCAAGAGAGUGAUGUAUACAUACUUGAAGUAAAUUUACGAGCUAGUCGAACCGUUCCUUUUAUUUCCAAGGUAAUCAAUAUUCCUAUUGCAAAGCUUGCCACUCAGGUUAUUUUGGGUAAAAAUUUGAAUCAGGAAAACAAGCCUUUCAAUCAUUUUGCAGUUAAAGCUGCUGUUUUUCCAUUUACCCGCUUUGCAGGAGUUGAUACUUUACUUGGUCCUGAAAUGAAAUCAACAGGAGAAGUGAUGGGAAUUGACUCAUCUUUCGAAGCUGCACUUGCAAAAGCGCACAUGGCUGCAGGAUACAAGUUACCAACAGAAGGAACAGCUCUGGUUUCAGUAAAAGAUGAUGAUAAAGAGUAUAUAUUGUCUGUUGCACGAAUGUUGAAAGAACUGAGUUUUGAAAUAUAUGCCACCAAAGGCACAGCUUCGUAUCUGAACAAUAAUGGCAUUGCUGCAAAAGCUGUAAAUAAAGUGAGAGAAGGCAGACCCCACAUAGUUGAUAUGCUCAAAGAUGGAAAAAUAAAUCUAGUGAUCAAUACCUCAAAAGGUGUAAAGUCAGUCUCAGACAGCAAAGAUAUUCGCAGAACUGCUAUUUUGCAAAAUAUAGCUUAUAGCACCACAGCUUCUGGGAGUAAAGCGUUAGCGCUUGCAAUUCAAUAUGUAAAGAAUAGCAAAUUGGAAGUGAAAUCAUUACAGCAGAUACAAAACGUUUAA